AUGCAAGAAGCCAUAAGUGAUCAGUCGGCGAGACUUGGAAAGGCAGGGGCCGCUGGCGAUUGUACCAUGGAGGUGGAGGAGGAGGAGGAUAUCCUACAAGCCGUGCCGGCUCUGGCGAUGUUCAUUCCUCUAGAAGAGAGCCUCUUCGAUCCUUACGACGCUCCGCGUACCGAGAUUGAGCGCAUCAAGCUCUGCCAAGAGAACCUCGAAAAACACACAGCCGCCGUCGAGCAGAACCUUGUCUUUGUUUAUGAGCGAGAGCACAGGCGAAUCUUACAGGUAGCGAAACAAGAGGAAGCGGAAAACGGCUUCAUUGAGACACCCGCGGGCCUCAUGCAAGGCGAGGAAGCACUCAUCAUGGAUUCGGUCCACGCCCCGAUACCGCCCGGCGCCGAUUACAACGACCGGCACCUGUCCACAUACAAGCCUCCCGAGACUCCGCAAGUGAUGCCUCCUAGGCCAUCAGCACUUCAAUGGUCUCUCUACAAUGCUGGCCAAGCCGUGAGUCAACUGCACGGAUACACCAACCACGCCCAAGAGCUCAAAGAGCCCUAUCAAGAGAUGUUGAAAGCUGCACUCGCGGCAUCGUCUGCCAACCAAGGGCAGGGAGAUGAGCCUGCUCGGAGCUAG